AUGGUAAAUAUUUGCACCACCCUGAGACUCCUAGAACACAGCCCAGAUUAUAUAAAGGAUCAUCUACCUAAAAUUCAUCAGCACUCUUCCUACAUAGGAGAAAAACAUCCAGUGUCAGAAAAAACUGGAGAUCUCAGAUAUUUAUGGAGGCCUGACCCGCACAGAUGCUUGCCAGCAAAAUAUAAACACAACUAUGUUGGUGAAAUUGGUUGGGGAAUACCUGAGUAUGAUUUUAUCAACAAAUCAAAUCUUGAGUCUGGCUUUCAUAUCAAGUAUGGAGAACUAAGUCAUGCUGCUAUCGAUCAGUUCACCCACCGAUACCAAAAUCCAUGGCAACCAAAACCUGAUAUUCUGGAUAUGCAAGGAAGAUAUAGUCGUGGUUUUUUUGCCUGGCACCUUGGUGAUUAUGAGGACACCAAUAAAAGAAUUUCCAAGUGGGCUGUCCUUACUAGGCAGCACGAGACGUCAGCACCAAGAUCUUCCAGACCAUCUAAGCUGCCAAGUUUCCCUCAAAAGGAACAGAAUCUUGGGCAAAUUGCAUGA